GUGCCGGAGACAGAUGCUCCAACCACGUGGAAGGUGAGCUUCAGAGCCUUGCGCAAGGAGGAGACAGCAGCGAGCAAUUGUCAUCAGGACGAGAAGGAGGACAUCGAGACUUGCCGAGUGGUGGCACGCUGCCUUUCUUCUUCAUGGUCGCUGCCUGACAUCGACCCCGAGGAACCCCGCAGUGCGUGCAAGAGAGAUGGACCGUUCAAGCGUAUGUUGAACAGCAACAUGGCCUAUUCUAUCCUUGGUGCAGGAAGAAAAAGUGGCGAGCACCGUGACUUCCAGUCGCAAGCCGAUCUCCACUUCGCAGACUCCCGCGUUGUCAAGAACGGCUCUGAGGUUCCACCACACAUCUUGGGCCUUGCAAUGGCUGUCAAUCAGAGGCUCGAUCCGAGUUCCACAUCAUCUCUUCGAUUCCUGAAGGCCGUUUCUUCGCAGCUGGACGUGCAACUUUUCAAUGCCUCUCUGGACUCCUUCCAGCCGCAGGCUCUUCUGCAUCCCUUCACCUUCAAUGCAUGUUGCAUGAUGAACAUGCUGCGAACAGAGCUCUUGCCGGAACAAUGCUCCAAGCCCUUCGACGACAUGAUCAAUGCCGUCGCCAGCAUCAACAAACUGUCAGACUCAGUGGAG